AUGGCUUUGAAUACCAAAGAUUUUCCAAUUGAUGACUACUUAGCGGUGAAGAACUCGCGUAACUUUACGGGGAAAGUGGUGUUAGUGACCGGAAGUAGUUCAGGCAUAGGGGAGGGUAUUGUCAAACUGUUUUCAAUAUUAGGGGCCAAAGUGGUGGUCACAGGUAGGAAAGAUGCAGAAAUCCAUAAAGUGGCUCAAGAAGUGCAACAGUUAUCACCCGACAAACUGAAGCCGUUAGAAGUGACGGCAGAUCUGACCAAAAGGGAAGACGUCGAGAGACUUAUCAAUGAAACCAUCAAAACGUUUGGACAGUUGGAUGUGUUGGUCAACAACGCCGGGAUAUACCCCACAUCUGACAUUCACGACAAAAACAUCACCGAUGAGUUUGAUCAGGUGUUUAACAUCGACUUAAGGGCUGUCGUGCAGACCACACACACGGCUGUCCCAUAUCUGGAGAAAACAAACGGCACUAUAAUUGAUAUGUCGAGUUGUGCCGCACUUUCACCGAUAUCUAAUCUCAUUAUAUCUAUACAACCAAAGUCUGUCUCAUACGUGAACUACUGUAUGGCAAAAGCGGCUCUAAAUAUGUUGACAGAGGUAUUGGCCCUCGAGUUGGGACCCAAAGGGGUUCGCGUUAAUGCCGUCAGUCCGGCCGUAACAGAAGUGGAAGGUAUGCCUAAAACACUGAUAGACUUGAUGACAAAGACAGCGCCCCUGCGACGAGUGGGCGAACCCCUGGAUAUCGCCAAAGCCGUGGUAUUCCUGGCCUCGACUGACGCCCAAUACAUAACCGGCGAGAAUCUGGUGGUCGACGGCGGACAACACUUUGUAGUACCAGGUAGUGUUUGA